AUGUACCUCUUCACCGCGGUUAUUUGUGCAAUACUAUUCGCCUUUAACACAUCAGGGGAUUUCGAUAUCAGUGAUGAAUAUACGUAUUCUAUGAUCUGGGAUGCAAGUUCGAAUUCGCAGGUUAGUAGUAGAAAGGUUCAGGAAGGUGUUCUCCAUCCGAGCGUUUUGUUAGCAGACUUUUUCAAGGCGUAUCCAUGCAUAUUUAAGGUUGAGGGUUUUUGGACCUAUGAGUUGUGCCACGAUAAGCACAUACGGCAGUUUCGGGCCGAGGGCGCUGGGCCAAAGUUGACACGAAUUGUCAAGGAGUUCUACCUUGGCCGCAUUUCUGGUUCUAAAGAAAAAUCUAUUCAAAUUAACGGAAGGGACUUUUUCUAUUAUUCUGUCGAAUAUGACGAUGGGACAGAGUGUGACCUGACCGGUGCCCCUCGGAGGGCCUCUGUUUUAUACGUUUGCUUGGAGGAAUCCGACGGAGAGUUGUUUCAAGUCAGUGAACUGGAGACCUGUGUCUACCAGCUUAUUGUUUUUACGCGCCAUCUAUGUGCCUCGCCUCGAUAUAACGUACUUGUUUCUUUUUACUUCAAGUCCCACAAAGUCUAUUCAAAUCCUAUCACCUGUGUUCCACAUGAUGAAAACACUUCCCGUAAGCCGAGGGCUCUUAUUUCCCUGGAAAAGGAGAAAGAGGAGCUCAUAGCUUUGGGAGUAUCUGACAUGAAGGUUCUGAACGAGCUGCAUCUUGAUCAACGACGUGAAUUACAAUCCUUCCUGGAUGGCGAGACUUGCCUCACUGGAGGUGCUGGCUGGUGGCGACAUGAGGUCUGCUACGGCGGCAGGAUCACUCAGUACCACGAGAGCGGAGAAAGGACUGAGAUUGUUCUGGGUAAGUGGGACGAAGCUGCUCACUUACACUGGAUAAAGCAGAACUCCCUUCGGGAAUACAAACAAAACAUCAGUUAUCUAUCUUUCUGUCCUCUGCCUAGCAAGCUCACACAGUUUUACGACAAUGGGGAUUUCUGUGAAGAAAUCAAGGCUCCACGAUCUGUUAGGCUAUCUUUUGUGUAG